AUGGCUGAUGGAAGAAUCAAUCUUGAUUUGGUAAACAACAAAGGGGAGGAUGAAAAUUCUGAAAAUAAAGAUUGGUCGAUUCUUCUUCCGGAACUUUUGGGAUUAGUUAUGUCUCGGCUCAUUGUGAAAGACAACAUUUGUGCUUCCGCCGUUUGCAAAGUGUGGUAUAAAUCUAGUGUCUCUAUCCAUAAGAAGAAUAGACCUCUAUGGUUUAUGAAACACCCAUUAUCCUCAAAUAUCAAUAGGCCUUGUGAGUUGUUUGAUCCCUCGCAAGAUAUGACAUACAUUAUGGAGUUUCCUGAAAUAGCGGACAUGUCAAUUUACUACUCAAAAGAUGGUUGGUUGCUUAUGCAUAAAGAUCAUUCAUCUGAGAUGUGCUUCUUCAAUCCAUUUAUUCGUGUGCUCAUCAGUUUGCCUACUUGUAAGAGUUAUAACGAAUGCGCUAUCUUCACUUGCGCACCUACAUCCGACCGUUGUUUGGUUUUCGGGUUGACAAACAUCGACUUCAACAACAAUAUAGUCGCGGUCAACACUUUUAGGGUCGGUGAAACCGAGUGGAAGACAUCUCUUUUCAUGAGUCUUGAACGUUUCUUUGCUUACUACAAGAAGAUUAUCUUCUCAGGAGGUCUCUUUUAUUGUUUUGGUGGAUUAGGCUCGUUAGCGGUUUUCGAUCCAUCCAAACAAACUUGGAACACUCACUGCCUUAAAUAUGAGGAAGGCUUCUUCGCACCAUCAACAGCAACAUGGUUUGGAACUUACUUUAUAGAGACCAAAGGAGAUAUUUUCCUCCUAAAAACUUUGGGUAAGAAGCCGCGAGUGUUUCGACUAAACCGUGAUGGAGGUUGGAUUUGGGAAGAGAAAGACACAAUUGGAGAGGGGUUAACGUUUUUUGGAGCUUCUCGUGCAUCUGAGUUUAGAUCAGGCCUUGCGGAUGACAUGAAAAACAAACUACUUUUAUCUGAUUCACAUCACCCCAUGAUCAAUACUUAUCUCUUUGGUGAAGGUAAGUAUUUACUGGGAACUUCAUGCAUCCCAUUUUGGGAUGGGAAAACUAAGUUUCAAACCAUUUGGAUUGAGCCACCAAAACAAUGCUUAGAUUUUAUCUAA